AUGCCCGCGCGGUGGCAUAAUGAGUAUAGUGUCGGAUGGAUCUGUGCACUUCCGAUAGAGAUGGCCGCUGCCAGAGCUAUGCUGGACAAAGUCCACCCUAGGCUACAGCAACCUCGGGAUGAUCACAACACAUAUAUACUCGGGCAAGUUUCUGGUCACAAUGUGGUUAUCGCAUGUCUUCCAUCAGGUAUAUACGGAACUGUUUCUGCAGCCGUUAUAGCGAAACAAAUGCUAUUAACUUUCCAGUCAAUCCAUUUCGGGCUCAUGGUUGGUAUCGGUGGUGGUGUCCCGUCUGCAUUAACAGAUAUCCGUCUGGGCGAUGUCGUGGUAAGUAAACCCACCGGCCUUUCACCGGGUGUUGUGCAGUAUGACUAUGGGAAGGCCUUGGGUUCAGGGCGCCUGGAACGCAUCGGAACGCGGAACCUGCCACCACAGGCUCUGCUUACUGCGCUCUCAAAAGUGGAAUCCAACCACAUGGUCGGGAAGUAUAAGUUCCAGGAAUAUCUUUCUGCUAUCAUUCCCCAAAGCAUGGAGCACCCAUCCGCUUUCCGCUCUCCGGGGGAAGAGGCGGAUAUGUUAUUCAAUGCUGCCUACAAUCACGAGGCAUAUUCUCCGGACUGUUCGUCUUGUGACCGCAGUCAAAGAGUGGCCCGAAAGCGGCGAUCUAUAUCCACACCAAGAAUCCAUUAUGGCACUAUUGCGUCUGGAAACCAAGUCAUGAAGGAUGGCCGGACUCGUGAUAGCCUGGCACAGGAGUUGGGGGUUCUAUGUUUUGAGAUGGAGGCAGCAGGACUCAUGGACCAUUUCCCUUGUCUGGUGAUUCGAGGGGUUUCUGAUUAUGCCGAUUCCCACAAGAACAACGACUGGCAGGGUCAUGCGGCAAUCACGGCAGCUGCUUAUGCGAAGGAAUUGCUAUCGGAAGUUCCAUUGAGACAGGAACAGGACUACGGAUCUGCAAGGAAGCUAUUCUUUGUUAGGUUCAACACCAUUGAUAUCCCCCGGGUGCCGUACGCUAUGGGGCGAGCACAAGAGCUUGCGUGUAUUCAGCAGAAGCUGCAAGCCAACCUCUCCAAUGGAACGGUUAUUUUGCAAGGAAGAGCCGGAUCUGGUAAGACCCAACUUGCGGUGUCAUAUGUGAUGCGUCAUUGGAAUCAAUACUCAGCAGUGUUUUGGCUCGAUGCAACCUCCGUGGGCACUUUAAAAUCGAGCUUUAUGGUGAUGGCAAAGCGCAUCCUUCUCGACGAUUCUUCGUGUGGAACGCUGAGCGGGAUCAUCAACAAUGGAGACACCGAUAAGGCCGUUGAGGAGACAAAAGAGUGGCUGAGCAAGGGCAUGAACUAUUGUUGGUUACUUAUAUAUGACAACUACAAUGCUGCGAAAUCCUACGGCGCCAUCGAGACCGGGGAGGAUCUUGACAUCAAGCGUUUCCUUCCAGAUGUCCGACAGGGUCAUAUCAUAAUUACAACAAGGUCAUCCGGACUAGGCCUUGGUCACACAAUCCAAGUCAAGCCACUCAUGGAUAUAAAUCAAAGCGACUCGAUAGCAGUACAAACCUCGAGGAGGCAAGACUCGGAUACCAACUUGUGGAGUAGCCUGUGGAGUGAAGAUGUUAAUGCUGUUAAUUUUUCUGUAUUUAUUAUACUAUCUGCCUUGACUAUCGGAGGUGUUCUCGUUGGCAUGCAUUCAAUGCAAUUAAAGCAAUAA